CUCCUGCCAGGCAGUAAGAGCGGAUUGCCGAGUGUAUCAGGAAGUCUAGCGGCGGAGUUCUUGUCUCCUUCAGGAUCAUGUCGUUGUUGGGCCGGGAAGUGUUCUUGAGAGCUCGGGGCAGGACCUUCACUUCAUUCCGAGAAGAUGACGAGAAGGAGUGGAAAGGACCGUUCUAUUUUAUACAAGGAGCAGACCCGCAGUUUGGCCUCAUGAAAUCGUGGGCAAUUGGCGAAAGUGAUUUUGGAGGAGAUGAGUGGGAGGAGGAGAUCAAAUUAACAGAAGAGGCCGUGGAAGCCAUCAAUAAGUUGUGUCCCAAGCCAAAGUUCCUUGUCCUUUGUGGAGACCUCGUUCAUUCCAUGCCAGGAAUUGAAUGGAAAGACGCUCAAGAACAUGAUCUGAAAACGGUUCUCCUGAAGACCAACCCUGACAUCCCAAUGGUGUUUGUCAGUGGAAACCAUGACAUUGGCAAUGCUCCAACCCCGGAGACUAUACAAACCUUCUGCAACAACUGGGGCGAUGACUACUUCUCCUUCUGGGUUGGUGGAGUUUUCUUUCUGGUCUUAAAUACACAGUUGUUCUUUGAUGCAUCGAAAUGCCCGGAACAGAAGGAAAAUCAGGACAAGUGGCUUGCUGAGCAGCUGGCCAUAGUCAAACAGCGGCAGUGCCAGAGAGUCAUCAUUUUCCAGCACAUUCCUCUAUUUCUCCAGAAUGCUGACGAAGAUAACAACUAUUUCAACCUGGAAAAAUCCCUUCGACGAGAGCUAUUAGAGAUGUUUCAGAACGCAGGAGUAAAAGCCAUAUUCUCAGGACACUACCAUAGGAAUUCUGGAGGAACAUACAAAGACAUAGACAUGGUAGUGACAUCGGCCAUUGGGUGCCAGCUUGGAGAAGACCAACAUGGCCUUCGUGUGGUGGUGGUCACUGAAGACAAGAUCGUACACCGAUACUAUAGCCUAGACAAACUGAAAACCCAAGGUCUUGAUGAUGAUCUCAUGGACUUGAUUAGAAAGAAAUAGUGUGUAACACAGAUAUUUUUCACUUUUUAACACAAUUUAUUACAAAACUCUAUUUUAGUGAUUCUUCAACUUAUUAUAUUGUUAUCUCAUGGUAGUGUAAUAUUUGAUUAAAGUGUCGCUGUCUUUUCAGUUUAUUCUUAAUAUUGUGCCUGGACAGUGAUUUUAAACAUUUUCUAAUAUACUUUACUAGGUUCAGGUGUUCAGUUUUACUAGAAAACCGUGUGUAAAGGGUCU